ACCAAAUUCAACACGAGCGGCUGCUGGACGUGUGCGAAAGCAAAGCGAAUUGAAUCGAGAGCGGAGCGCAAGCGAGAAAUUAUAGAGAAAGACUGAAGCGGGCAUACACACAUUAAUUAAUUAAUAAUAUAAAAAUAAUCUCUAUGCCGUGGCAAGGCGAAGAAGCAAAAAGUUCAAAUACCUGGCUUGAUAAAACUACAGUUAUUUAUAGCUACAGCAUUGCUAUUGUUGUCUGACGGUGCGUGCGUGCGUGCGUGCGUAUAACGGUAUUGCGAUUUUUGCAAAAGUAGGCAAAGUAGGUUGACAAGGAACGAGCACGAGAGCGAGAAAGAGAACGAGAACGCAACGCAGCGCACACGAGAAAAGCUUGAAUAUACAAUAUUUUUUUUAGGUCGUCGUCGCUGGUAAAAAGGAAAAGCAAAAGCGUUUGGCAAUUUUUCAGCGUAGUAGUGAAAAAAGUGUUGCAGACAUUAGCUGCAUGUGUGUUGUAUGCGGCAGGGGAGUGAAAAAAUGCAGUGCAGCAGCAAAAACAAAAACGAAGAAAUGCAAAUGGCUUGAUAGGCAACUAAAUAUUUAACAAUUUCAAUUUGAAUUCGAAUUGGAAAACCAUAACAAACAAAAUACCGUGAUAUUUUACAACUGUGGCCUGAUUUUAGCACAGUACAACAACAAAAAACAAAAACAGCAGAAUAACACAUAAAUAUACACACUUACACUCAGAAAGACACAGACGCGUCACACAGCCACAGACACACACACAUAGUACAUACGAAAAGAAUAUAGCAAUAUAUGCCCAUUGAGUGCCUUAUAUCAUUUGAUAAUAAUCCACAAGGUGUCUACUAUGCCGGACAGGAACUAUCUGGCGUUGUUGAUCUUAGCGUCGAUGCGACCAAGCGCAUUAAAGGCAUUCAUGUCACCGUCAGCGGGUAUGCCAAGAUACGCUGGAUAAAAAAGGGAUAUCCGCGGGACAGCGAACGCGCCAUGUGCCGUGCCUAUCGAUCGUAUCUGUCAUCGCGAUCGUAUGUGCUUGGCUCGUGUGCCGGCAACUCCUGCAUCGACUGGCUGGCUGGCGAGUACUCGUAUACGUUUCAUGUCAUACUGCCAGAUAAUUUGCCCACAUCCUUUGAUGGCAAGUACGGUCAAAUACACUACGAGAUCAUAACGACAAUUGAACGAUCGGGUCGCUAUCCGAAAGUGUUCAAGCUGCCAUUUACCGUGAUACAACCGCUCGACCUGAAUGCCGAUGCCAUUUAUAGAGUGCCGUUAGAGAUACUUGAUCGUAAGCGAUUCUGGAGCUUUUGCUGCCCAACAGGACCGCUGACGGUGAAGUUCUCAACUCCCUACUGCGGCUAUGCACCCGGCCAAAAGAUACACUUUGUGCUUUAUAUCAACAACGAGUCGUCGAUUGACAUAACCGAGUGCGAGGUGAAACUGAAGCAGGAGGUUAGCUAUGAAUCGCAUGAUCCGCAGCAUGAGUAUCGCUAUGAUAAGCAUCUGAUAGCUUUAAAACAGUUCGGCAAUGUGUUACGCUGGUCGAGAAAGGUGUAUCGAGGCUACUUGGAUCUGCCUUCGAUACCGCCUACCUCGGUGAAGCCGACAUGUCCCAUUAGCGUUAACUAUUCGAUUAAGAUAAUUGUGAAUCCAACGGAGUUUCAUUGGAAGCUGAAACUAAAAAUUCCGCUGACCAUUGGCAGCAUACCCAUCAUGGAUGGACCCGAGGCUAUGCUGCGAUUCAAUCGCCAGCAGCAGCAGCACCAAGUAGUUAGUCAAAAUUUUCAAAUGUCAACGCAGCAAACCCAACGGCAGCGUGAUCGUAAUUCCGUACCAGACCAGCAGCGCUUAAGUACCAAUAACAACAACAUCAACAACAAUCAAUCAACAACAACAACAGCAACAACCGCAACAACACUGGCAACGCAAAACGCAUUGGGUGAAGGUGCAACACUGCCGUUAUCAACAAGUCCCCAUUCAUCAACAACGCCAACAACUGCCGCCCUGAGGCCCUUGGCCAUGCCAGCGAUAUUAGUGACCAGCGACAGCGAUAAUCCGCCAGACUAUAUACCCAUGAUGCCGCCCUCGUAUGAAGAUGCCAUGGCUCUGAGCGAGAAAUUCAGCGAUGAUAUCGAAUUUUUGACAAAUGUUAGCAUGAGCAGCAUUAUGUCUGCUCAGGGCGAUGUAACAAAGACGCUCUACAGUGAAUCCAGAACGCAAUUUUGCUUCGCAGUGCAGCAGGAAACGGUGUUGGCUACAGAUGAAGAUGCAAAUGCCCAAGGAAGAACUAGUUUACCAAAUUACGAAAAGAAAUAACGGAGAUUAAUGGCUGCAACAACAACAACAACAACAAAAACAAGAACAACAAUUACAUAUUUAAUCAAAAUCAAAAAUAAUCUAAACACGUUUGAGAAAUCAUUGCGCGAAAUUAGCUUUUAAGUCUGAUGUGAAACAAUUUUGAUUGACAAAAGGUUUAUAAACCAAAUAAUAUAUAUAUUUUGCAAGAAAAGCUUAGACAUAUUCACCAAGUAGAGCGUAUAAACUAAUCAAAAUCUAUCUUAAAUCUUAAACUUCAUUUUGUUUGUAAUAAUUUCUAUCCAUUUCUGAAAUUUCUAAAAAUUUUAUUUAUCCAAUCGCUUUUCUCUUAAGAACUAUCCAUAAUUUCUAUAAAUUUUGUUAACCCAAUUGCACUGGCAGCAUAUGAUACAUACUAGUACUUAUUAUACAUAAAUAAAUAAAGGUAGUUAAUGCAUACUUAGUAAACCGUUUAGGCUUAAGCAAAUAUAAGACAAUUUGCACAAUUUUACCAAAAGAAAAACUUAACAUUUUCAAUGUUUACAAUGUCUAUGAAAAAUUUACACAAUACUCUAAAAUUAGCCAAAAUAAUGAAAAACUAAGAAUCUUUGCGUUUAGUUCAAUACUUGUACUAAUUGAAUUUUAUGGACAAUUUAUACCCUGACUAUAAUGUGUACAUUUCCGUAUUCGAUUUUUAACUGAUAUCAAACUAUGUGCAACUUUAAAUUUAUACUUUAGUUGUCUUUCUUCUAUUGACAUAUAAUUGUGAACUCAUGUGUACUUCCUCUAAUUUGAAACCAGUCUAACCAGAAAUACUCUUAAGAAUACUCUGUCUUCAAUUAAUUCAAAAUAAACCAAAAAGGAGCAAUAUAUAUACAUUCUCGUAUAUAUAAUACUUAUACCAAAAAUA